AUGAAGAUCGCAGUUGGCCAACUUUGCUCCUCGUCUAAUCUUGCACGCAACCUCGAAACAGUAUUAAAGAUAUUUAAUGAAGCCGUCCAAUCCAAAUCCAGAAUACUUUUCCUUCCUGAGGCAACAGAUUAUAUUGCACGAAAUGCGGACCAUAGUCGACAAUUAGCUUCGGAUGUUCAGUCGCAGUUUUUGACACCAUUACUCAACCAUAUAAAACAACUCAAGUCAUCUACAUACGUCUCACUUGGGGUUCAUUUACCUGGAAAUACCAGUGCGCGUGUCAAGAAUGUCCAUCUUUUAAUUGACCCUGAGGGUACAAUUGUUCAGCAAUACCAGAAAAUUCAUCUAUUUGAUGUUGAUGUGCCGAAUGGUCCUAUUUUGAAGGAGUCCAACUCUGUCGAGCCUGGCUCCAAAAUUUUGGAUCCAUUUCCAAUAAAUGAUGGUGGAAAAGAUAGUUUCCACUUGGGAUUGGCGAUUUGCUACGAUAUUAGGUUUCCCGAACUCAGUUUGAAAUUACGUGAAAAGGGUGCAAACAUAUUGACUUUUCCAAGUGCAUUCACAACAAAGACUGGCGAUGCGCAUUGGGAAAUAUUGACCAAAGCAAGAGCAUUGGACUCUCAAUGCUUUGUAAUCAAUGUAGCUCAAUGCGGUAAACACGAUACAGGAACUGUUGAUGGUCAGAAAAGCGCGGUUGUGAGGGAGAGUUAUGGUGAGUCAAUAGUUGUUGAUGCAUGGGGAAAAGUAUUGGCAAGGGCAUCAAAGUAUAGCGAUGAGCCUGUGCAGGAGUAUGAAGUUAUAUACGCCGAGUUAAAUUUGUCAGAGUUGGAGAAAACGAGACAAAACAUGCCAUUACUAGAUCAUAGAAGACCUGAUGUGUACAAGUAA